AUGAUGCUGCGCCGCGUCCUCUGCGUGCUUCUCUUUGCCCUCUGCUGUGCGUGCGUGUGCGCCACGGCUCAGGAGGAGGGGCAGUAUGAUGCUGCUGAUGUUGAGGCUGGGGACGGCCCGGAUGAAACUACAACCACCACUACAACUACUACUACUACGACGACGACGACUACCACCAAUGCACCCGCCAAGAACACAACCACCUCCAAGGCACCGACUCCUGGCGACGGGAGCAGCCUCGGCGGCCCUUUGUGGGUUCAGGUGCCGCUGCUGCUGCUGGUCAGUGCCGCUGUGGCGACCGCCGGUGCUGCGUGCUGA